AUGUGGAACGCACCUUCUGUCCACUCCGUCUUUGGGACUGCCACAACGGGAUCGAGCGAAGCGGUACUUCUUGCUGGCCUAGCCUUAAAGCACUGCUGGCAGUUCAAACACCAUAAUUUGCCCCAGGCUCGUAUGAACGUCAUCAUUGGGGGCAAUGCUCAUAUUUGCGUCAAGAAAUUUGCCGACUAUUUUGAUGUCGAAGCUAGGGUUGUUCCUGUCAAUGAACAGACUAGGUUCGCUUUUGACGCCGAUGGACUUAAGGAGAGACUUGACGAGAAUACAAUUGGCGUGUUCCUUACACUUGGAAGUACCUACACUGGUCACUACGAUCCUAUCGAAGGGAUCUCCACGAUUCUCGAUGAAUUUGAGCUUCAAACCGGCCACAACAUCCCGAUCCAUGUCGAUGCUGCAAGUGGAGGCUUUAUAGCUCCCUUUGCAGCUACUAACCGGAGCUUUGUAUGGGACUUUCGUCUAGGCCGAGUAGCCUCCAUCAAUACCUCGGGACAUAAAUUUGGCCUAACUCCACUGGGUGUCGGGUGGCUGGUUUGGAGAGACAAGUCUAACGUCCCAGAGAAUUUGCUGCUUGAAUCGUCCUAUCUACGGGGCACGCAGAUUGCCUUUACACUGAGUUUUUCGAGGUCAGCUAUACCCAUCACUGCUCAGUACUUCAACUUCUACAGUAAGGGAAUGGAUGGAUACCGAGCGCAUGUGAACGACUCUUUGAAGAAAGCACAGGCCCUAAGUGAACAGCUGGAAGCUACUGGCUAUUUUUCUUGUUUGAGCGAUAUACAUCGCCAGAUUCAUCGGCACAACACCAUGUGCAAGUUACAUUCCACGGACUCCGAGUCUUUGAACAUGCCUGGGCUUCCGAUCGUCGUCUUCCGGUUACCUAGUGAUGUCAAAAGAAAACAUCCUGGGUUGACGCUCUCCGAUGUCAGUGAUGUAUUGCAUACUAUGAAAAUUUCCAUCCCAAGUUUUAUAUUAUUCGGUUGGGGGGUUAAUGGGGAAAAUAUUGAAGUCAUGAGAAUUGUUGUGCGCGAGGACUUAACGGCCGACGUGAUGGCGAAAAUACUCCAGCGCCUCAUUGAUGCCGUGAAAGCCUUGACAGGUAAAAGAUUGGAAUACCUCCAGGACAUCUGA